AUGGGCACGCGCGGGCCCUAUACGCUGGUGGACACCACGCCGGCCAAGACCAUCUUGGUGUACCGCAACGGGGACCAAUUCUACGUGGGCCGCAAGUUCGUGUUCUCGCGGCGCCGCGUGGCCAACUUCGAGGCUCUGCUGGAGCAGCUGACCGAGCAGGUGGACGUGCCUUUCGGUGUGCGGAGGCUCUACACGCCCACGCGCGGCCACCCGGUGCUCGGGCUGGACGCCUUGCAGGCUGGUGGCAAGUACGUGGCUGCGGGUCGCGAGCGCUUCAAGAAACUGGACUAUAUUCAUAUAGUUCCCAGAAAACCUACAAAGAUGAAAAAGUUGAAGGAAGUCAAGCCGGUGGUACACUGUGACAUCAACGUGCCUUCCAGGUGGCAAACACAGAGCAGAUCAUCCCGAUAUAUAAAUGUUUUCACAAAUGGAAGAUUGUUUAUCCCACCUAUAAAAAUUAUUGUACCCAAAUUCAGCCUGUCAGAUUGGAAUAAUGUGCUGGCCAUUAUUGGAGAAAAAGUCUUCCCUCUAGGAGGCGUACGGAAGUUGUUUACAAUGGAUGGGCAUCUUUUGGAAAAUUCAAAGGAUUUGCGAGACAAUUAUUUUUAUGUUGCUGCAGGACUGGAGACUUUCAAAUCCAUUCCUUACUGGAAGGCCCCAAGGGUCCCCAGUGAGGUCCAACAGAAGCUUAUGAACAAUGAAAAAGGCACACAGCCAAAGAAAAAGGUGGAGCCCAAAGGAAAAGAACCUCUCAAAAGUGCCAUUGUACCACCUAAAAGCCAGGAUUCUGUUUACUAUGCCAAAAAGAAGAGGAAGACAGCACUGGGACCUUUAGCUCAAAGCGGUGCAGAAGGUGAUGUGUAUAAAGCACAGACUCCCGCUAAGGAGGCCCAAGAAGCACUGGAAGUCAGGGAGGAUCCAGAAGUGAAGGUGGAGGUUCCAGUUGACCAGGUACCAGCUGAAAUUGUUAAAGAAAUUGAUGAGAUAAUUAAUGACAACCCUGACCUGGAAAGAGGCAAGGUUUUUUGGAAACAUCGUCUGGGGAGGCAGUAUGUUCCAAGGUUUCUUGAGACCAGGUGGUGA